UUUCCAAUUUUAAAUCAAACUAAUAUAAACUAAACUAACCCAAAUUCUUCACUUUCACUUCACUUCACUCUAUGCAUUCUCUGCGUUUCCAUUUCAUAAUCGGACCAAAAAACUAUGAAAACAAGAAGAAUUUUUCAUCAAUUUGUUCAUGGAAAUCGAGUUUCUCAUCAUCCGAAUACGUUAAAUUCGUUUCGAAGAAUGAUAGUAAAAGGUAUAAUAUUGCUGCAAUGGGAGUAGAGAAAAAUGUUGGAUGUGAAGUGGAAGUUGUUUCGUGGAGAGAAAGAAAGAUUAAAGCUGAGAUUUUGGUGAAUGCUGAUGUUGAUUCUGUAUGGAAUGCUCUUACUGAUUAUGAAAGGCUUGCUGAUUUUGUACCAAAUCUCGUUAGCAGUAGGAGAAUCCCUUGUCCACGUCCUGGACGUAUUUGGUUGGAGCAAAGAGGUAUCCAACGAUCUCUCUAUUGGCACAUAGAAGCUCGCGUUGUAUUGGAUCUCCAAGAAUUCAUUAACUCGGAUAAUGUUCGCGAACUCCAUUUCUCUAUGGUUGACGGUGACUUCAAGAAGUUUGAAGGCAAAUGGUCUGUGAGAGUUGGAACAAGGUCUUCAACAGCUAUACUAAGUUAUGAAGUUAGUGUCAUACCAAGGUUUAACUUUCCUGCCAUUUUCUUGGAGAGGAUUAUAAGGUCAGACCUCCCAGUAAAUCUUCAAGCAUUGUCCUGUAGAGCUGAAAACAGUUAUCAAGGUGAUCAAAGUGUUUCUGUCACUUGUGCUGAUACCAAAGAGGAGCCUGGUUCUUACCUUAUUUCCACUAAGAGAGAUAUUGAUCAUGUCAUAUCCCUCGAAAAUAAAUCUUCCGGUGAACACUUAAAGGACAAGUUUGUCAAAGCCACUUUUGGCCCAUCGACACCAGCUACAAGUGAUGUGAGUAAUAGUUGGGGAAUAUUUGGGAAAACUUGCAGACUUGACAAGCCAUGCGUGGUGGAUGAAGUCCAUCUCCGAAGAUUUGAUGGUCUACUGGAAAAUGGAGGUGUUCAUCGUUGUGUUGUUGCUAGUAUUACAGUAAAAGCUCCAGUUCGUGAAGUAUGGAAUGUUUUGACUGCUUAUGAAAGUCUUCCUGAGAUAGUUCCAAAUUUAGCGAUCAGUAAGAUCUUAUCACGAGACAACAACAAAGUUCGCAUUCUUCAGGAAGGAUGCAAGGGUCUUCUAUACAUGGUACUCCAUGCACGUGUCGUCCUUGACUUAUCUGAACAUAUAGAACAAGAAAUUAGCUUUGAGCAGGUGGAAGGAGAUUUCAAUUCUUUUCAAGGAAAAUGGAUCUUAGAGCAAUUAGGCAGUCAUCAUACUCUAUUGAAGUACAGUGUGGAAUCAAAAAUGCACAAGAAUUCAUUUCUUUCUGAAGCAAUUAUGGAAGAGGUCAUAUAUGAGGACCUUCCCUCUAACUUAUGUGCAAUCCGAGAUUACAUUGAGGAAAGAGAGACUGAGAAACCUCUUGAGAAAUUUAACCAUGAUGAAUUCCGAGAGGUAUUGGUUAGUUCAUCAAUGAAGGAUUCAUCUGUUUAUUAUGAUAGGCCAGCUGGGCAGAAUUCAGACAGUUGUAGUUUACAUUCACCUAGACAAAGGCCGAAAGUUCCAGGGUUACAGAGGGAUAUUGAAGUUCUCAAAGCUGAGCUCUUGGUUUUUAUCUCUGAACAUGGACAGGAAGGAUUUAUGCCUAUGAGAAAGCAACUCAGGAAACAUGGAAGAGUGGAUAUUGAAAAGGCGAUUACACGUAUGGGGGGUUUUAGAAGAAUUUCUUCAUUGAUGAAUCUAUCUCUUGCUUACAAACACCGCAAACCAAAAGGUUAUUGGGAUAGCUUGGAAAAUUUACAAGAGGAGAUCAGUCGCUUCCAGAAGAACUGGGGAAUGGAUCCAUUGUAUAUGCCUAGUAGAAAAUCCUUUGAACGUGCAGGUCGCUAUGAUAUUGCUCGUGCAUUAGAAAAAUGGGGUGGUCUGCAUGAAGUUUCACGUCUUCUGUCACUUAAGGUAAGGCAUCCUAACAGACAAGCAAGCCUUGCCAAAGAGAAGAAAGUUGAGUUGUUAGCUAAUGAUGUAAAUAAUGAAACUACAUCGUCUAAACCUUUUGUUGCACAAGAUGCAAAAAAAUGGCUCAUGAAACUCAAGGACUUGGACAUAAAUUGGGUAGAAUGAGUAUUGAGUUUUAUUUCACUAUGACAACAGCUAAUUGUAUCAAGUGUACAUAUAGCAAUCAAGUAUGUUUCAAUUCCAAA